AUGGCGCUCCAGGAUUUGUACUGCCUCGCCUACGCCCCUCUCCAGGGCACAUGCUUGAUGGACCUGGAGGAAGAUGACUACACGCCAGAGACCCUUCAGAAGGAAAUAAAGUUUCUUCAGAAGUUCACAGCAACCAGUUUGGAAGUAUUCAACAAGUUCUUUGAGAAGGAGGAUCUUUCGAGCGCUGAGGGGACAGCUGCGCUCUAUUGCAUGACGUCCUUCUUCAACCGCUUGCAAGUCGUCUCAUUGCGUGCCAGCACAUUGGCUGGAGAGCUCAUGGCACUAAAUAAGGUCGACUACCAUGAAACCCUGAAGAACCUUACUUCGAAGGCAAAGGCGGAGGGACUUCAACCCGAGGACAGUCGUCUUGAGGAUAUCGUUGAAACAGAUAAGGAGGCAGAGUGGGAUUUCCCUGCUGGCGGAAAGGGCAAGGUGGAGUUCCGGCACUCCGUAUCGAUGGUGGCACCCAGGGACUACGAGAAAGAUGAGGCAGCUGAAGUAUCUCACCAGCCAGUCAAACCCGAGUUCACUAGGAAGAAGGUGCGGAAGGCAACCGGGUACGCCAAGUUCAACUUCACAGUGUGCGUCUCUAUCAAGCUCAAUCUAGUGUGGGUGCAUUUGUUCACGCAUCGUUUGCCAGCUGAUGAUCUUCAAGAGUCGGCGAACAAGUCUGACGAUGAAACGGAGGAAACGAACCCAAGCUCCGUUGCAAGCGAAUCCCGGCCUCCAUCAGCGAAGAAAAUGGACGAUGGUUCUUUCUCCUACCUAUGCUGUUUCUGCCCAAGUGGAAAUUCAGGUACUGGCGAGAACGAGGUGGUCAGGCGUGGCUCUUCAGUGUCGCUGGGGACUGUGCAGGAAAUCCAGGAUAAGGACGCCGACGCAAACUGGCACGACUCUGAGCGCCAUACAGGCCGUUACGCUCGUAUCCGUGGCCGCAUUCCAACCGGCCACGCGUCCCUCAUGAAGUCGAGCAGUGACGAUAUGCUGGACGUGUUACUCGCUGAGGACUCCGAAGAAGGCCGUCGAGCGCGCGAGUUACUGCUGCACAACACCGAGCUGAACUCUUCCUCUCCUCCUGUUUCUGGCCGCUCGCUUAGUUCUGAAUCAUUUGAGACCCCUAGUUUGCCCGAUGAUGCACCGAAGGGCCCGUUUCACACAGGAGAUUCACAUUCCCGGGCGAACCAUACGGCCGGUGAAAGAGGCACAGAGACCAGUGGUGCCCAAUCAAGAAGUGCGUUAUCUAUUCUCGAAUGCCACCUCAGCCCCAGUAGCUGA